GGCUUGGGGGAGGGGUGGCCCCGGGCAUUGCGCUGGGAAGUUUGUACCUCGCCGCGCACCGUGCCGGCCAGGGCGCUCGGCUCCACGUUGGCCGCGCAGGCGCAGCUGCCGCGACGUUGCCCUGCCCCGGGGAGCGGGGACCGAGUGCGGGGCGGCGGCGGCGGCUCCGCGGGCAGGGGCAGGUGGAACUCGGUCCCGUCGUCCCCCGGGCGCCCCUCGCUGCCCCAUCGGCUGGCCGGGAAGCCUAGUCCUCUUCUCCGUCCCGCCAUCAUGUUCAAGAAGCUGAAGCAGAAGAUCAGCGAGGAGCAGACGCCGCCGCGCGGGGCGGGGGGACGCACGGGCUCCCUCCCGCCGCAGGUCCUUUCCAAAUCACCUCCACCAACGGGCAACAGAAGUAGGACAUCUUCAUUUACAGAUCAGAAUGAUGAAGGCACUGUAACACCGGACAAAGAGCUGUUAGCCGGAAUGAUAGCAGAACCUGCUUUUCUCUCUGAGUAUACUAUCUUUGCUUUGGAUCCCACCAAACAACCUAAGCCACAGAGUGACAGUGUGAACUUAACUAAACAGCCACUUCCUGGAUCCACAGAAAAUAAUGGAAGUGAACCAGCCUCCCCACAGCUAAGUGACACUCAGUCUUUCACCCAGAGGCUUCAGCUUCGAGUUUCCUCCAUGGAAUCUUUGUUUCGAAGCCCGGUGAAAGAGACCCUAUUCCGCUCUUCUUCUAAAGAGUCCCUGGUACGAAGUUCUUCAAGAGACUCGCUGAAUCGACUGGACUUGGAUGCCGUCAGUCCCACAUUUGACUCACCUUCUGACAUUGAAAGUGAAACAGAAGAGCCUCCUGGCAAUAUGGACAGCCUCAGCAAAGAGCAGUUGCUGCAGCGACUGCGCAGAAUGGAGCGCAGUUUGGGCAACUAUAGGGUAAAAUACUCAGAGCUAGUGUCUGCUUAUCAAGUUAUCCAGCGGGAAAAGAAGAAGCUACAGAGCAUUCUGAGUCAAAGUCAGGAUAAAGCACUUCGCAGAAUUGGAGAACUGAGAGAGGAGCUCCAGAUGGAUCAACAAGCAAAGAAACAUCUUCAAGAGGAGUUUGAUGCUUCCUUAGAAGAAAAGGAUCAACUUAUUAGUGUGCUGCAAACUCAGGUGUCGUUGCUGAAACAAAGGUUACAGAAUGGUCAAAUAGGCACUGAAUUGCUUGAUCAAAAUAUGCAAUCAGAACCACAAGUUCAAAGUCCAGCAAAAGAAGUCAGUGCAGAAAAUAUUGUGGAACCAGGAAGCAAUGAGGAUAACGAAGAUUCUGUUAAAGCACUGGAAACUCUCAAUCAGAGGGUGAAGCGCCAAGAGAACUUGCUGCAACGUUGUAAGGAGAUGAUUCGGUCACAUAAGGAGCGCUGCGCCCAAUUAACCAACGAGAAAGAGGCACUUCAAGAACAGUUAGAAGAGAGGCUUCAGGAACUGGAAAAAAUGAAGGACCUUCACAUGGCUGAGAAGACUAAACUCAUUACGCAGCUGCGUGAUGCAAAGAAUUUGAUUGAACAGCUAGAGCAAGACAAGGGUAUGGUAAUUGCAGAGACAAAGCGACAAAUGCAUGAAACGUUGGAAAUGAAGGAGGAGGAGAUAGCCCAACUGCGUGCUCGGAUCAAACAGAUAACUACAAAAGGCGAGGAAUUAAAGGAACAGAAAGAAAAAUCUGAAAGAGCUGCUUUUGAAGAGCUUGAAAAGGCUCUAAGUAUUGCCCAAAAGACAGAGGAAGCCCGGAAAAAACUGCAGACAGAAAUGGAUGAAAAAAUUAAAGCGAUAGAAAAGGCAAGUGAAGAAGAGAGGUUAAAUCUUCAACGGGAAUUAACCAGAGUGAAACAAGAGGUGGUUGAGAUUAUGAAGAAGUCUUCAGAGGAACGAGUUGCUGAACUAGAAAAAAUCCAUAAAAAAGAAAUGGCUACCAAAGAUCAGGAGCUAAAUGAGAGAUUACAGGCACAAGAAAAGGUGUUCCAGGAGAAGAUGAAGGCAGCUCUUGAAAAAAAUCAGAGUGAGUGCUUAAAAACCCUUCAAGAGCAAGAACAGCAAGAAUCCCUAGCCUUAGAAGAAUUAGAGCUGCAGAAGAAAGCCAUACAGUCUGAGUGUGACAAGAAAGUUCAGAAGAUGCAUCAAGAAGUAGAGACUUUUAGAACUAGGAUUCUUGAACUGGAGAGCUCUCUUGCAAAGUAUUCGCAAGGUGACAGAAAGCAGUCAGAGGAAUUAAGUACUCUCAUAGAGUCUGAAAAAAAGCAGCACAGUAAGGAAAUCAAUGAUAUGGUUGAAAAACACAAUAAAGAAUUGGAGAAUGUGAAACAGCAGCAAGAAAGUCUUUGGACAGAAAAACUUGAAAUUUUAAAGCAACAACAAAUAACUGAAAUAGAAAAAAUAAGAGAGAAACAACAACAAGAGAUAGAUACCAUUUUGAAAGAAAAGGAAACAGUUUUCUAUGCACACAUAGAAGAGAUGAAUGAAAAAACAUUAGAAAAACUUGAUGUGAAACAAACAGAACUAGAAGCACUGUCUUCUGAGCUAUCAGAAGCACUAAAAAUACGUCAUGAUUUAGAACAAGAGCUCUCAGAACUAAAUAGUAAAGUGUGUGAAGCAAAGCAAGAAUUGGAAGGAAAGUUGGAAGAAGAGAGGAAACGGCACAAUGAAGUGAUUGAAAAAAUGUUAAGAGAGCAUGAAAUGUCUAUUCAAAGUGUUGAGAAAGUGCUCAAAGAGGAACUCAACACGCUCAAGCAAUCCCUGGAGGAGAAAGAAAGGCGUUUGGAAGAAUUAAAAGCACAUGAACAGAAACUAAAGGAAUCUGCAGAAAGAUCUGAAGCUGAACUUGUCCAAGUGUCUGCAAAGCUAGAGGAGCAAAGCAACGAAAAAGUAACCUCUCUAACACAACAGUAUGAAUGUCAACUGAAGGAUCUACAAAGAAAGGUUGAUGAGAUGAAGAGAAGUCUAACUGAGAAGGAAAAUGAAAUUGAGCACAUGAAGAAAUUACAGAACAACCAAGUGGAAGAACUUAAGCAGAAACUGUUAGCCACAGAGGAGAAAAUUAGUGUUUUACAAGGAGAGUAUGAAAAUAAACUGAAAUGUCAGGAAAAGAAAAUGGAAAAAAUGAAGCAGAAAUCUAAAGAUAUGCAGGAAACUUUCAAAAAGAAACUUGCUGAGCAGGAAGCUAAACUAAAAAAUGAGCUUGAAAACAAGCAGUUGGAGUUCAGUCAGAAAGAGAGUGAAUUCAAUGCUAAAAUGUUGGAAAUGGCACAUGCCAGCUCAACUGGAAUGUUGAAUGAAGCUGUGUCAAAACUUGAAUCUAAUCAGAAAGAGCAACUAGAGAGUCUUGCUGAGGAUCAUAAGAGGAAUUUGGAAGAAAUUAUCCAAAGUUGGGAAAAGAAACUUAAUCAGCAGGUUGAAGAGCUCCAGGAAAAACAUGAUAUGGAACUGCAAGAGAAAGAGCAGGAAGUUGGAGACCUGAAACAGAAGCUUGCCGUCUUCACUGCUGAAAAGGAGGACUCCAGAAUAGAAAUAACCCAACUGAAGGAAGAGCAAGUGAAAAGGGAGGAGUGCCUGAAGGAAUUGCAAGAACAGCUAAGGCAGUCAGUGGCUAGGGUGAACAGUUUGUCAGAUACAGAAAGUGACCUGAAAACACAGUUGAGAAUAUUGGAGGAUGAUCUUAAACAGUCCUUGGAAGAGCAGACAAAACUUCAGGAGCAACUCAGUAAACAAAAAGCAGUUGAAGAGAAGGACAAAGCUAAAAUUACUGAGCUGGCUGAUAGACUGAAAACUCUUGAAGAGCAACUCCAAACUGUGCAAUCUUCUCAGUAUAAAGAUCAUAAAAAUUAUGAGAAAAAAAUAGAGGCGAUUCAGCUAAAAGAAACUGAAUUUAAAAGGUUGUCAGGAGAACUUACAGCCCAGUUAGAUGCUUAUUGGAAAAAUGUUGAAGCUUCAUUGCAAACAAAAGGCAAUGAAUUAAUUGAAAAAUGUAAUGAAAAAAUUAGCAUAGUAACAUGCAAAAUUGCAGACUGUGAGCGCCAAACUGCAAAAGUUAAAGAAGCAGUAUUAAUCAAAACAAGUAAGAUAACUGAACUAGAAGCUCAACUUAGAGAAAUAACAGAGCAUCAUUCUGCUGCUACUACUUCUUUACAAAAGUCAAUGCAGGUGCUGCAAGAGAAGGACAAUUUAAUUAUGUCCAUGAGAGCUGACAUUGAAAGACUUGUAACAGAAAAGGAACAAUUGCAGAAAGAGGGUGGGCAUCAGCAGCAAGCAGCAUCAGAGAAAGAAACUUGCAUAACACAGCUGAGGAAAGAGUUAUCUGAAAAUAUCAAUGCUGUUACAUUAAUGAGGGAGGAACUCCAGGAGAAACAAUCUGAAGUGUCUGCUCUCAACAAAACAAUUAAUGACCUUAAUGUUAGGCUUGAGAGCACAGUAAGUUUAACAGAGAAGGAAGCAGCCAUUUCUCUGUUAAGCAAGCAACAUCAAGAGGAUCAGUUGCAGUUGUUAAACCAGAUACAAGAGUUAUCAUCCAGAGUUGAGAUGCUGAGUCAAGAAAAAGCAUCAGCCCUUGAUUGCAUGGCCCAGCUGUCAGAGUGGAAGAUGAAAGCACAAACCAGGCUUACACAAAAUGAUGAUACUAUUAAAGAUUUGCAGAGCAAACUUGAAUUAAGCAAUACUGCAACCAGUAAAAAAGAUGAAGAGCUAAAUAAACUGAAGGAGCAGCUGGCUAAACAAACCAAGAAUCUCGAUAGUUUAAAAAGUGAAUUGGAACAAAAGCAAAACAGGAAGGAAAAACAAGAAAGUGAGUUAACCUCAAAAUUAAAAAAACAAGCAGCAAAAAUUGCUGAACUAGAAAAACACAUUGCUCAGAAAACUUCAGAAAAUGAUUCCUUGGUGGAGGAACUUAAAAAGUGUAAUGAACAAAAAGACACAGAGAAAAAAGAGAUAGCUUGGCAACUCCAGCAGGCAGAGAAGGUGGCUUUUGAAAAAGACAAUAGGUUUAAGAAGGCUGAAGAAAAAGUGCUUAAUCUUGAGAAGCAAAUAGAGUCACUGAAAGCUGAUUUUGAAGCAAAGGAGAGGGAAUUUGAUCAAAUGAAGUCAGUGAUGCUUAAAAGCAAAGAGGAAGAACUGAAAGAAUUAGAAGAGAGACUGAAUGUAGAGAACAGCACUAAGCUGGCAGAUUUGAAGAAGAAGGCAGAGCAAAAAAUAGGUUCUAUUAGAAAGCAAUUAAUGUCUCAGAUGGAAGAAAAGGAACAGAAAUUUAAGCAAGAUAGAGAGGAUCAGUUAAGAGAGUUGAAACAGAAAAUGCAGGAGAGAGAAGCCAAAAUCGAGUCCUUAGAAGAAAAAAUUAAGUCAACAAGAGAUUCCACAGAAUUAGAGAAGGAAAUGCUAGAAAAACUAGAGAGUGUAAAAGCUGCUGUAGAACAAGAAAAAAAUAACAUGCUUGAGAGUAUCCAACAGACAUACGAAGAGAAAAUGCAUGUGUUACAGAAGGGCUUAACUGAAAAAGAUGAAUUAUUGCAGAAGUAUGAGAAAGAACAACGAGAGAGUAAUGACUCUCAUCUAGAACUUCAAAACAAACAGAAAGAACUCCUUAAAAAACUAGAAUAUGUUGAGAAGAGCCAUCAGGAAGAGCAGGGUAAGACCGAAAGCCUCAGGAAGGAACUUCAGGAGCAAAGCAAAAAAUACUUACUGUUAGCAGAUGAGCAUGCUUGUUGUGGUGGUGAUUUAGCAAAAAGUAGGGAAGAAUUGAAAGGUAAAGAACAAAAACACCUUGAUAUGGAGAAUAUAAUUGGAGAUUUCCAGAAAAAAUUGCAGGAAAAGGAGGCAGUCAGUCAGUCUUUAGAACAGAAGAUAAAAGAGUUAGAAAAUAAUCUAGUGAAGAAAAAUGAAGUGCAUAAGAUUGAGAUGGAAGAUACAAGUUUAAGAUAUGAAGAAAAGCUAAAAUGUUUACAGCAACAGUUGGAUGAAAGAAAUGAUAGUCUGAAAGCUUUUGAGGAAAAUGCUGAAGAAAAGGCUAAAUCUGUUUUGGAGCUGCAGAAAUUACUAAGUGAUAUGCAGAACCAGCAGAAGGACUUACAGACUAAACUGGAAGAGACUGAAAGGGAGAAACAGAAACUACAUGAAGAGGUUAAUAAUCUUCAAAAAGACUUACGUACUUUGCGAAAAGAACAUCAGCAAGAGCUUGAUAUAGUAAAGAAGGAGUCCUUAGAAGAAAUGGAGCAGAAAAUCAGAUGUGAACAAGAAGACAUUGAGUUAAAGCACAACUCUACCUUAAAGCAGUUAAUGAGAGAGUUCAAUACUCAGCUGGCUCAAAAAGAGAGAGAAUUGGAAGCAGCAGUAAAAGAGACAAUCAGUAAAGCCCAGGAGGUAGAAAAUGAAUUGAUAGAAAAUCAUCACAUAGAGACAACUCAGUUGCAUAAAAAAAUUGUUGAAAAAGAUGAUGAUCUAAAAAGAACUGUGAAAAAAUAUGAAGAAAUCCUUGAGUCGCGUGAAGAAGAGAUGACAGCAAAAGUUCAUGAGUUACAGGCACAGCUAGAAGACUUGCAAAAGGAAUGCAGACAAAGGAUUGCGAAAGAGGAACGUUGGAACAAUGAAAAAGUCACACUAACAGAACUAAAGGCACAGCUUGCACAGAAAACAAUGUUAGUCAAUGAUUCAAAACUGAAAGAGCAGGAAUUGAAAGAGCAGAUUCAUGUACUGGAAGACCGGCUGAAAAAUUAUGAGAAGAAUAUGUACGUCACACCAGUUGGAACGCCGUACAGAGAUGGAAACCUUCACCAUACUGACGUUUCCAUUUUUGGGGAGCCUACGGAGUUUGAAUACUUGAGGAAAGUGCUCUUUGAAUAUAUGAUGGGUCGUGAGACAAAGACAAUGGCCAAGGUUAUAACAACAGUGCUGAAGUUCCCAGCAGAUCAGACUCAGAAGAUACUAGAACGAGAAGAUGCUCGACCACUGUUUACCUCACCUCGCAGUGGUAUCUUUUGAAUAUCCCAUCAGUCUGUGCUUAGUUAGCAUGUGGGUGAGUGAAGUCUAAUACAUACUUGUUUUAUUUGAAGAUGGAACAUGUAUUAUGAGAUUAAUCAUUCCUCUGCUUUUUUCUUGCCUGUUUUCCUUUGUUAAAAAUCAAAUAUUUGUUCUACAUGUGUAUGAUAAAUUUUGUUCUACUCUUAAUCUCUCUUUUGCUCUACAAAGCCAAGUUUGAAAAAGGUAAAUAUUGAUUCAAAACAGAUGUUUUUCAGUUAUAAGCAUAACUUCAAACAUUGAUUGAGUACAGAAAUAUCUGAAAAAAAUUCAGAUUUUGAAUUAAUUAAUAUGUAAUAUUAUAUUUUAUUUCACUUGGCUUUGUUUUGUCUUUAUUCACUUUAUGAGUUCCUUUUUUUGAAUGGGCAAAUAAGUCAGAUUUGUGGGAGACAUGCUGCACUGCUUGAAAUGAAUUACGUCUUUUAAAUGUGAGAUUGAAUUAUCCUAGAAAAGAUUGAUGAAAUAUUCUCUGUAGAGGGAUUAGGAUAUGAUUGCAUGUAAACAUAUUACCUUUCUGAAUCUCAGCUUUAGUUUGAUAUCAAGAGGAGUUAAAGCAGAGACGUUAGGGAGAACAAUUAGGUGACCUUUAUGCUCUCAGUUUAUUGUGUCUUUCUUCAGGUUUUAUUUCGUUACUUUCAUUAUGAACCUGCAAUGCUAGUUGUAGCAUUACGGGAACAGAACAGCUGACUUAGGCCUAAAGAUGCAGGUUGCAUCAGACUAGCCAAGCUAAACAAGCAACACACAAGCAAUAAUGGUUGAGAGAGGAAUACAGUAUGGAAGUACAGAGGAAAAAGCUUUCUGUGCUGACUGAUAAGCUUAUAAUUUGAGUCACUAGUGGUGUUUGAUAUAUAAUAAACUCUGCAGAUAAAUUCUAUAGGAUAUGGUCAGCUCAACUUUUUUUUUCCUCCUUUGCAACUGGAAAGUUUUACACAGUUGCCAGGAAUUGAUUGAGUGUGUGUGAAACAGUUGCUGUCUCUUGGCUGGAAUGCAGUUGUUGGCCUGCAGCACCACCACAGCAAAACACAUUAACUUAGGCUGUUUCCAUGGCUAGUUACCACAAUGCAGUUGACAGGUUAUCUUCCUCUCUUGCAGUCAUGCAAAUACAGCCUUCAACACAAAAUAAUACUUCUUUCAAAGGAAAAAAUUGUUCAUCUUAGCUAACAGUCUUGAUUUCUACUUUGUGAUUUUUUAAACCUUUGAAUACAAUGGUGAAUGCACUUUUUAUUGCACUUAAAAUGCAAUAGAGUUUGGACUGUUUGGACUACUAGCCUUGAUCACUUCUGACAAAAUCAGCAACUGUUUUUUCUAGCCCUCUGUUGAAAAGAAUUGAAUUGUUGAUAAUGAUGGAACAAAGCUAUUUACAACACUAUUUCAGAAGGUAUGUUUGAAACUUACGUUCCUGUCAUGCUGUCUAUAAUGCUGGUGUAAAAAAUUCAGGUGUUCUCAGCUGCAUUUGAAACACCACAGAAGGGCUUGUUGAUGUUGACCUUAAUGUCAGCAAUUUUUUGUUACACUUUCAUAACUUCAACUAGUAUAUAUGUAAACUAUUCAGACCUCAUUAUUGGAUUGUAGUUGCUUACUUCAUGUCAAGUAUUUUUGUCCUUUAUUCUUGCAUGUAUAUACCUUAGAAAUUAAGGUGAUGCUGACUUAAUUGUGAAGGCGGUCAAUAUUUUUCUGGUAGAAGAGACUUUUUGCUAGCCCAAAUAUUAUACAUUAUCAUUUCAAUUUUGAUGAUAGGCCUUUAUGCAGAGAGGACAACCUUGUGUUUCAUUGGAUUAAUAUGCAGAGACGUGGUAGACUAUUUCCAGUGAGACUUCUGACUGGUUUGCUACAGCUUAUUUAAUUUUCAUCAAUUUCUCAACUGUGUUGCAGAUACUGGUAUAGAAUUGCUUGCUCAAAAUCAGUUAAUAAUUUGGCAGUUCUACUUACCUGAAAUUCUUCUAUCUCCUAAUCAUACAAGAAAUAAUGUCAUUAUUUUAAUAUUAAGAUCUUCUAAGUUGUUCUCAGUAAUCUAACAUUUGUUCAUUUCUUCUAAUUUUUCAUUCUUCUAGUCAUGGCUACGACCAUCUUGAAUUUGUGAUGAGAAUGUCUCAUGACACUGCUGCUUAGAAAUGUGUUUAUAUCUCUUUUGUUGUCCCUUGAAAAGGGACAAGAAGAAAAGCUAUUAUUCAAGGUCACAAAUGGACAGCAAGAACCAAAACUCAACACCACCUUUGGACCAUGAAUAUAGUUAAAACUGCCUUGACAGAAAUGCUAAUCAGGGGUUAUUUGAUGAUGAGUCUUUCUCUUCUAUUGAAUACUGUCUUCUAUUUUGUGUUAAAGGUUAUUUUUUUAAAGGAGAGAAAAGACUAUCCUGGGAAGGAAUUGCCCACUACUGUAUCUUUAUACAGGUUUUACUGGGUGUUUUUUAAGAGUUGAAAUAAAUGGUUUGUUUCUUCUAUUUAUUUUUUUUUUAUUUUUGAAUGAAUUGUGCAAUACAUUUUGAAUGAGUAGUGGUUGAGGAGAUUUUUCUGAUGAACUAGGAACUUCUGUUGACGAUUCUCUCCUAAUUUGAUCUUGAUUGUUUGCUAAAGGUCACUUCUAUAUGCUUUUGCCUACAAUAAAUCCAAGUUGCAGUACCUCAUUUGUUUACUCCUAGCUUUUGUACUUAUAUUUUUGUGGAGAAAAGGUAUGUUCCUGUAAAUUCCUGUAAAUAGUUCGUACAUAACUGAUCUGUGACUGUUGACAACACUAAUCUAAAUAGAGCUGAGAUUAAAUAAAGUUUAUUUACUGUAUAAUUUUGGAA